AUGCGGGAGGUAUUGGAGACUUUAAGGUGGGAGAGGCUUUAUGCCAAGUUCUCCAAAUGUGAGUUAUGGUUGUGUGAGGUACAGUGCUUAGGACACCUCGUCAAUCAGAAGGGUAUAUUGGACGAUCCAGCUAAGGUCGAGGUCGUGAUGCAGUGGGAGGUUCCGAGGUCUCCAUCCGAGAUUCAGAGUUUCCUUGGUCUAGUAGGGUAUUAUCGGAGGUUCAUUGAGAACUUCUCUAGGAUCGCAGUUCCGUUGACCAGAUUCACGAAGAAUACAGUUACCUUUCGUUGGGAGCCUGAGCAACAGGCAAAUUUUGAGACCAUGAGGCAGAGAUUGUGCGAGGCUCCGAUCUUGACCCUGCCUGAGGGAAUUGAUGACUUUGUGGUUUAUUGUGAUGCAUCUAUCACGGCUAUGGGCACAGUGCUUAUGCAACGGGGUCAUGUGAUUACUUACGCAUCGAGGCAACUGAAUCUUCAUGAGGCGAAUUACCCUACACAUGAUCUGGAGCUGGGGUGUGAUUUUCGCCCACAAGAUUUGGCGACAUUAGCUCUAUGGGAUCCAUUGUACCAUUUGUUGGAUAUAGUGUCUAAGUCCAUAACUUUAUUUGGUAUGUACUUGACCCGACCCGGCAUGGUCCAUUUGGGUUGCAUGGCAUUGCAAUACUUGGAUAGACUAAAUGAGAGAAUAAGGCACUUAUGA